GCGUAAUAUGAUUGGCCAUGUGUGUCUUUCUUUUUUCACGUCUCUUCAUCUUUAACUAACAUUAGUCUUUAAACCCCAUUGAGGUAAUCCUUGAAGCACAUCACGAUGCCCAAGGAAGACAAAGAUACGUGGAAGUCAAACUACUUUUUGAAAAUCAUUCAACUGUUUGAUGAAUAUCCAAAAUGUUUCAUCGUCGGUGUGGACAAUGUUGGAUCAAAGCAGAUGCAAGCCAUCCGUAUGUCCCUAAGAGGAUAUGCAGUUGUGCUCAUGGGUAAGAACACCAUGAUGAGAAAGGCUAUCCGUAGUCAUCUUGACCAGAAUCCAUCUCUGGAAAAGCUACUGCCGUACAUCAAGGGCAACGUUGGGUUUGUCUUCACCAAGCUUGAGUUGAGUGAUAUCCGAGAGAAGAUCUUGGACAACAAGGUUGCUGCCCCUGCUAAAGCAGGAGCCCUCGCUCCAAUCGAUGUGUUCAUACCAGCUCAGAACACUGGCCUUGGACCAGAGAAAACGUCUUUCUUCCAGGCUUUGUCUAUCCAGACAAAAAUUGCCAGGGGUACCAUUGAAAUCUUGAACAAAGUCCACUUGAUCAAGGUAGACGAAAAGGUUGGUGCAUCUGAGGCCACACUCUUGAACAUGUUGAAGAUCUCCCCAUUCUCCUAUGGGCUCAAGAUCAUGCAAGUGUUUGAGGCUGGAACUGUAUUUGAUCCAUCAAUCUUGGACAUCACCGAUGAAGACCUCAUCAAACGUUUCCAUGAGGGAGUCCGCAACAUCGCCAGUGUAUGUCUUCAGAUCGGUUAUCCAACCGUAGCGAGUGUACCGCAUUCCAUCAUCAACGGUUUCAAGAACCUUCUCGCUGUCGCUUGUGCAACUGAAAUUGAAUUCAAGGAAGCUGAAAGUGUGAAGAGCUACUUGGCUGAUCCAUCAGCAUUCGUUGUGGCUGCAGCUCCAGCUGCCGGUGGAGGAGCUGCAGAGGAGAAGAAAGAAGAAGCCAAGGUAGAAGAGGAAGAGGAAUCUGAUGAUGACAUGGGCUUUGGUCUCUUUGAUUAAUUUCUGUGAAGAGCCAAGUACUCAAAAUGAUAUAGUAACCCAAAGCAGUUAGUUCUUUGAUUUAGUAAAUUCCAUCAGUCAAAUUUUUGAAUAAAGAACUAUAAUGAUAAGAAAAGCUA